AUGCUCAACCAAGUAGUCAAGGCAAAGAGACUAGUCAGCAACCAGUCAAGACAGUCACAAAUAACGCCAGUCGCGACUAGGUCAAAUCAGACGAUCAUCCACUUGUUGCAAUCUUGUAUAUUUGGCCAAGGGGGUGUGCUUGAGCAGAAACGAAUUCAGAAGGUUCUUGAGGCGGAAUUUUAUCUUCUGAUUCUGAUAAAGGAUCCUUGCGGAAUGCUACAACCCCUGUUGGGUGAAUGGGACAAGAAUACGUUGCUCGACUUGCACCCACUUGGACUUCCAGUCCUCUGGAAAGGUAUACAGGGAGCCGUGAAUUACCUUCGCAUCCUAGAUGUAGAUGUAGAUGAGACAAGCCGGUUUCUUGAUCCCGUUGCGAAGCGUAUCGGACAGGUAUUACUCUACAUUAACUAUGAGGAGCUCUGUAAGCGCCCGAAAGAAUACUGCCCUCCUUCCACAUCAAAGCCGACUGUGACCCACGUUCUUAACUGUAUCCUUGAUGCCUACACUGAUGAUCCUCAUAUAUCAAUGUCACCGCAAUCUCGCCGUGAUAAGAUAUCUGGUUAUCAUGUACGAGGAGGCAGAUGGUGGUGGAGGCUUGCAGGGACCUUGGGAGUUGGCAUGCUGUUGAUUGCCGACAGUUCCCUGAUGAGUAUCAUGUGUGUUUCCCAACUAGCUUACUGUGUGGCCCAAUUGACCCAGAUAUCUAGGUGUAAUAAUUCGUUCACUAUCAACCAGAUCAAUGUUCUCGCCACUUUCGCCUUGAAUACUCGAUCAGGCACCAUUCGCAUCUUCCGUGCGUUGGAGCUGAUGGUCAAACCCCUCAUGUUUGGACGGAUUACAGAUGAUCUCCGCCAGGCAAUUUUAGAUGAUGAACUCGGCCUCCUAGGAAGACAUGAAUUGGCACGUGUCUAUGAUGAAGAUGAGACGGCGGUGGCGUGUCAGCGGAUUGAAAAUUCAUGGACAGCGGUUGAUGCUGAAUCCUAUGCGAGGGAGAAAAUGACUGAAUUCCUUGCUAGCAUGCCGGCAAUGUAG